GAAAUUUAGCUGGUCAUGUGACUAUGACUCCCCCCUCUCGUGACCCCGGAGAGACGAGGGAGCCCAUACCAACACAGGAGGCGGGAUUGUGCUUUGGGACGCGGACUGGUCAGUGUGAGAAGCAGCUGUUCGGGGCUGGUGAAAUUCCAACAUGGCAGUGGCUGUGGUCAGUGUUUCCUGCGUUAACUUGGGAUGGUUUCAGCUCGCACGCAACCUGGCUUAACCUCGGCACCCCGUUCAUCAGCAGAACCCGUCCCCGGGAUCGAUGCGACCCUAAACCCCCCACUUGAGAGGUCGACCUGUCGUUAAAAAAAGCAGCACGAGAUGAUCAGCAGCAGCAGCGUCUAUGGCUUAAAGAUGCAGUGGACCCCCGAGCACAGCCAGUGGGCCGAACAGCAUUUCGACAUAUCCUCCACCACGCGCUCGCCAGCCCACAAGGCUGAGGCCUACAGGGCGGUGCCUGGCCACCUGCAGCGCUCAGCCACCUACCAGUACGCCUGGGCCAAUGACGACAUCUCAGCCCUCACCGCCUCCAACCUGCUCAAGAAGUAUGCCGAGAAGUAUUCCGGUAUUCUGGAGAUGCCGGGCUCCUAUUCAGAGGUCCAGGGGGUGAUGAACGGACGGAAAGGUGAAUCAGAGCCUUGGCAGGACGGCGUCUACCCCAUGAGCUGCAUCCCAGAAGGGGUUUCCAUCAGAAAGGGAGGGGUGGCGGUGGCCUCAGACGUGGUGUCUGGCAUGUGCAGCUCCCCGGGCCUUGCCUCCAGCACCCUGAGUGAGCCCAGCUACUCCAGCAGCAGUUGUGGGAGCCACACAGCCACCGCGCUCCACUCCUCCUCCAUGCCCUCUCAGGAAUACGGCCCUCCGUACAGCAGCUCCUACCUGCACAGUAGUUACAGCUCCCAGUCUGCCCCCGCCCCAGCACUUCCCUCCCCACUGCAUAGCUCUGGGCUCCUGCAGCCACCCCCUCCGCCGCCCUCCCACCCCACUUUAGUCCCAGCGUACAACGGAGGCUCCCCCAACUUGUCUAGUUAUAAUUACCCCCCAGCAGGCUACCCGGCACAGAGCUCUGUCGGGCCAGGAUACAGCCCUGGAGGAGCACCCCCUCCAUCAUCAUACCUCCCCUCAGGCAUUGCUGCACCUACACCUCUUCCCCCCUCUUCUACUUUACCUGGAUACCCAUACCAGAGCCACAACCUGACCCCAAUCGCCCCCACUCCUCUCAACGGUAGCUCCUCCAACUCACUGAAGAGAAAAGCCUUCUACAUGACAGGCCAGGGAGAGAUAGACUCCGCUUAUGGUAACUUUGGCUAUGGCCAGGCUCGGAGCUCCGCUGAGAGCCCCAUGUACAGGAUAGCUGACAGCAGCAGCGCAAACGGAGGCUCCAACAGCGCCAGUGGAUUCGACAGAAGUGCUGAAAAGUCGUCUUUUAAUCCUCAGAAGCAGUCCACAAUGUCCUCCGAGCAGCAGAGGAAGUACAGCAGCCAGGCAACAGGUGGGCCACUGACUCCACCAGCCUACGUCACCUCCACCCUAGGGGGUUCCCGCUCAACAGAUUCCCUUGCCAGCUUCACCUCCCCUUCCCUCAGUGAGCAAGGUGCUGAUGAACACCGUCUCCACCUCUCCCACUCAGCACCAGGGCCUACCUCCUCCUCAUCCACUUCCUCCUCCCGGCCUGCUGAAGAGCAGCUAAAAACCAGUGACCCUCACCUCCUCGACAUGGUUACCUCUGAAAUCGUUCAGCAGGGGCCCCCAGUGGAUUGGAGUGACAUUGCAGGACUAGAACUAGCCAAGGCAACCCUGAAGGAAGAGGUCCUGUGGCCCAUUCUGCGCCCGGACAUGUUCAGCAGCUUAGGCCCGGCCCCACAUUGCGUGUUGCUUUUUGGCCCCAGGGGCAGUGGCAGGACGUUGCUGGGGCGCUGCCUGGCCAGCCAGCUAGGGGCACCGUUCCUCCAGCUCAAUGGUUCCACGUUGGCCACCAAGUGGCUGGCAGAGGGAGAAAAAAUCAUUCGUGCAUCCUUCCUGGUGGCGCGCUGCCGGCAGCCUUCCGUACUGUUCAUUAGUGAGGUGGACAUGCUGCUGUCAGCUCACCUCAGCGAAGAGAGUCCCAUCAACCGGCUGAAGGGGGAGCUACUCGCCCAGUUGGACUCCCUUCUCAUGGGCUCAGGCGAGGACGGAGGCAACCAAGUGUUGGUGGUUUGCUCCACAAGCAGACCUCAGGACAUGGAUGAAGGGUUGCGCAGGUACUAUGCUCGGAGGGUCCUCGUGCCUCUGCCGGACGGCGCAGCCCGACACCAGAUCGUCAGCCAGCUCCUAGUUCAAUCUCAGCACAAAUACUGCCUGAGCGAGGAGGAGCUGGCGCUGCUGGUCCAGCAUACCGAAGGUUUCUCUGGACUGGACCUGGCCAGACUCUGUCAGGAGGCCCUCGUAGGUCUGUUACACGUCUCUGCACAGGGCAUGGACAUGUCGGGUAUGAUGCCCCGGGGACAGGUCAGGCCCCUCACCUACCAGGACUUUGAGAGUGUCUUUUGUAAAUUCCAAGCCAGUAUAUCACAGAAAGAGAUUGACACGUACACUGAGUGGAACAAAAUGUUCGGCUGCAGCCAGUGAAAAGAUAGAUUCCGCCCUUGAGAAAAAGAGGCAUACACAAUUCCUCCCCUCAGGGCAGAAGCAUUGUGCUGGAGGGAAAGGCACACAGAAGGCCAACACAAGCCCACUGAGUUCUCGCAAGCAGGGUUUAGACGCACCGAGAGACCUGGUUUGAUGAGACAACUGGCAAUUUUGCAGUUAAUGAGCAAGAGUUUUAGUUUGAAUGCUUGACACUCCAGAAAGCCAGGCAUUGUUUACACAUUGCAAGCAAGUUGGCUUGAGAAGAGACGCCCCAGUGUCUGUGUAUAUAUAUAUUGUUAUGUUCUUGUUCUUGACAUUUAGUUGGCUAUCCAAGUGCCUGAAGUGGUGCUUUCUGAUUUUCUUUGUUUAUUUGCCUCACAAUCUACAUUCAUGGCAUGAGCUGAUGAUUAUUAAGAGCUUUAAAACUUCAGCUGUGAGUCUGAAAAACAGAGAAUGACAGUUGCCAUCGGUGGUGGUCAAUCAUUCUUUAUUGUCUUGCUAAGAGCAGUAAUCCAUCAGGGCGGCAGUAGUCUGGGCCCUGACGCGCACUUAUCUCUCCUGUGUCUGCAAAACAAACAAGCGUAACAAACAAAACUCAGGAAAGCGUUUGUGAAUUGUACAGUACCUCAAGAUAUCUUGAUGAAAAAGCACUAAGAUCUGAGAGGUGAAUCCAAGGGGGUUUGGCAGUUUAUGUUUUAGCGAAGCAGUGUUAGGUUUACCUCAUCUGGCUAGGAUAAAUAGCAAAGAGGUGACAAUGAAUGUACUAGAUAUUUUCUGGAAUGAUGGAACAUAAUCAAUAGUGAGUAAAACAGUAUUUCUUUUUUUAUUUCCUCACAGCAGGUGCUUUAGUUACCUGUUUCUACUUGACCAAUCCUGAAGCUUUUUGUCAUUGCUUAAAAAAAAAAAGAAAAAAAGAAAAUUUAAAAAACCUCAAAGCUGUCACCCAGCUGUUUGGUUAUGGGGUUUUAUGAGAAGAGCAGGUGUUGGGGUGAUGGUGUUGUAUAUUUAUUAAAACAACCAUAAUCAACAUUGUUUAUAUUACGCUAUCUAGGCUAUAGGGUUAGGCUGCAUGGAGGCUCCAUCAGUUUGUCAGCUAAAUUCUCCGCAAAAUAUCAGCUCAUUUGUCAGUGAGGGGAGAUGUACUCUCUGACGUGGAUCAACUUGAUGCUAAAAACACCUCCAAAAAAUGUAAAGGAAUUAUUUUGGGAAAUACACCAAUUUGACUUUCUUACUGAGAGUUAAAUGAAAAGAUCCAGCUACUGCCAUCAGCCGUUAGCUUAGCUUAGCAUAACAACUGAAAGCAGGGAAACAGCUAGCUCUGUCAGAAGGUAUCAAAAUCUGAUUUAUAUUUUGCUUAUUUAACCCUUAACGAGCUGCAGCAUUAUAUUGAAAGGACAAACAUGAAAGUGGUAUCGACCUUCUCAUCUAACUCUCGGGCAAGAAAGUAAAUAAGCGUAUUUCCCAAAAUGUCAGACUACUCUUUUUAAAUCACAGUGAUCAAAGACUAUUUACUGUAUCUCUUUGUGUGAAUUAAAUGUUUGACUUAUUGUCAUUUUAAUAAGUUUACUCCGGUUGAUUUCAGCCAGAAAAGCUGUGUUGGAGAUCAGUAAGCAGCUCAUCUGUUGCGUUCAAGGAAAAUCUGUUUUCAUAACAGUGAACUAGCUCAUUCCAGAUAUCCUCCUAGUUGUUGAACAGGUGUCACAACCUAGAUAUGGAAAUACGGAUUUUGCAAAGUUGCCUUGUCACUCACACUGUUUAGCUGUUUUUAAACUGGAUUAUCUGUAGAAUUGGAUGCCAGUGCUGUAAUUUAAAUCAGACAAGGUCAUUCAUCCAUAUCUUACAUGCCUAUAUUUUUUACAAGUGGGGAAAGUGUUUUUGCUGGAGGUCAGAGGUCAUUUCAUAAUAGCAAUUCUGAUUGAUUGACUCACAAACAGAAACAAUUUGAAUCAAAUAUGUUUUAUCCAAAAUGACGAACUAAACCAAUUCAAACACAAUUCUUUCUUGUCUGUAACUGUAUUGAUCAGUUUUAUUGUUCAUUAUAUUUACACAGAUGGCAUCUAAAUGCAUUCGGAUACACACUUUGUAAAAGCUUUGUAACAUGAGUGCGGAAUUGUGGCUCGAGUCUUAAAAGUCCUUCAUCCCUGAAGGUUAUCUGUUGCCCAUUGUGUUGCAUUGGAAUGUAUUUCUUUCCCUUCCUUGUCACCGUGUAACAAGCUGUCCGUUAGCUCCUCUGCUGUGACACAGGAGUACUUAAGAUAGUUUAAUGUAUGUGCACUAAAGCAUUUUGUGUGUAAUAUUGUUUUGUUGAAAUGUAUUUGCUUUGUCUGUCUGGUAUUUAUCCUGAAGGAGGUUUAAUUUGUCUGAACCGAUGAUCAGUUAUACACUUUUAUUGUACAUCCUGUUUUUAUUUUUUGCUUAAAUAUAAUAGCAGUGAAGUAGGAGCUACAUACUGUAUGUCCAGGCCCACUCUGCGUUGCUAUCUCUGGUCAAGGCAGCAUCAGUGCAGCACCUGAUGUGGUUGGAAAAGUUCUGCUGAGCGUCAGCAAAAUUGACGGAAAAGGAAAGACAGCCAGGCAGUGUGGCGGCAGCACAGGGGGGAAGCAGAGUGGUCCGUCAGAAAAGCACCCUCAAAACAAUCUGUACCAGAAUUCCUUCUGUCAGCAAAUCCUCUGGAGAGAGAGUCCCUUUAGACAGAGAAACCUACUAAUGCACUUCAGAGCACACAACAACAGCACAGGCGUUCUCUCUCCCCCCUCCGUUCUCCACAGCCGACGAACAAACGACUUGAAACACAUCGUUCAACGCUACGCUUGUUUGUUGCGUGUUUUGUGGCUCUUUUGUCUUGACCUUUUUUCUACAUGGUGUUUUAAAUCUAGCUUCUUUUUCUUUUCUUUUGAAACCUUUCUUCAAAUGGAUGCUAGAGUUCUUCUUUAAAGCAUUUCUACCUCAUGGCUACAGAACACACGUGGUAUUUUGAUUUACGUCUUUCCAAAUGUCAGACAUUUGUGAAAAAUGCAUUGAGAGAAAAAAAAAAUAAUAAAAAUGAAGUGGAGAGAAUAACACCAGGAAGUUUUGCGCAGUCUACCUCAGAUGACUGUACUUAAAACAUUUAGCUGAUGGUGCAACCGCAGGCUGCAGCAUAGCCUAGUGUGUAUGUGUGUGUCACUGUGUGUCAGAUCGGAGCUAUAGGCGAAACACACACACACACACACAGAUUUACACCGACGUCAAAAACACACUCACAAGCGAUUUGUGAGGAAGGAAGGGUUGGGGUCGACCUAUAGGUGACCUGGAAAUGUAUAAUCCAAUACAUUUGCUUUAAUCUUUUGUGAACUACUGUGGUUGUGCGCGUGUGAAUGUGUAUAUACGUGGGCACACUCUUCUUUUUUUUAUUUAGUGUGUUGAAUUUUAUAAAUUGUUAGUAUAUAUAACACACUUGCACAACUUUAAACCAGAGUGUAACGUGUUUCUGUUGUACAUACUUAUACAUACAAUACAAAAUGCACCACUUGUUUAUAUGUGUGAAUAUGUUGCCAUACUUGCAGUCAAUGUAUUUUCAUGUAAUCUUAGGUACAAGCAGCAACAAACAAUUCAUUAAAGACAUUUUCUUGGGAGAUUA